AUGUCCACCUCCAAAUCCUCUUCCUCUUUGAUCCCCGCUGAUCCCGCGAAGGUCAUGGUCAUCAGAGAUGUCACUCCAAACAUCACCACGCUCAGUGUACCUUUCCUGCGGUUCGGGCACAUCAAGAUUGGCGGUCGGGGUACGUUGGUCAAGCUACAGACGGGCAACGUCGCCGUCUUUUCCCCCGUUGCACUCACACCGGAUGUCAAGGCCAAAGUCACGUCUAUGGGUCCCAUCAAAUACAUCAUUGCACCGGAUAUCGAACACCACAUAUUCCUCUCCACGUGGGCUCAAGAAUAUCCGGACGCAGAGGUGAUUGGCAUGGAAGGACUGCCGGAGAAGAGGGAGGGCGAUCCGGCCACCAAAGGGACAAAAUUCGCACAUGUCUUCUCUGCGAAGAACAAGCUCGACAUGCACAUCACUCCCGAGUUCGACACCGAGUUCUCAUACGAGUAUUUCGACUCCCAUACCAACAAGGAGCUCGUCUUCCUCCACAAGCCGAGCAGGACCAUGAUUGAGGCGGAUUUGCUCUUCAACCUCCCGGCCACCGAGCAGUACUCCAAGACGGGAAUGCGUCCGAAUUCCGGAAUCCUGACCAAGCUCUUCGCGGGCAUUAUGAACACCAAGGGCGAGAUGACCUGGCAAAAGCGCUUUCUCUGGUACGCUGCUGGCGCCAAGGAUAGGAAGAGUUUCGCAGAGUCGGCCAAAAGAGUCAAGCAAUGGGACUAUGACCGAGUCAUUCCUUGCCACGGGGAUGUCAUUGAAACUGGCGGCAAGGUAAUUAUCGACAAGGCGACCGUGUGGUUUACAGAAGGCAAGCACUGA